AUGGCGCCAACGUGGCUCGGCUCGGCGGCUGUUGUGCCAUGGGAGGCGCCGCCAGCGUACGUCAUUCGCUUCAACAAGCGGUCCGUGCUCGUGAGUCUUCUCAUGGUGCUCAACGUCGCCAUCAUGCCACUGAAAGCCUACAUUUCCGAGCCGCUGCCGUGGACGCAUGUGCCCAUGCAAGGCAUCCCCGACACUUGCUACGUCAACUUCACCGCGUGCUCGCCCAUUUUGCUCGGGGUGCUGCGCAAUCGCAGCGCGCACCUGCCGCAUGGCCCCGCGUACAUCUCGAACGAUCGGUUCGACCUCGUGCGCGUCGCCCUUCCGCCGAUGCCGCCACCAACCGAGGCCAACUCGACGUUUUACCUCGACUUUCCCUACGCAAUUUUCUACUCGGUCGAACAACGCACGCUGCUGCAGGCAGUGGCUCGACGCGACAUCAACAUCUCGGAGUACGCGACAACCGAGCUCGCUCUUUUCUUGGGCGUUGCGAUCGCAUACAAUGCGAUUUGGCUGACGUCGACGGACAAUGGCACUCACUACAUGACGGUGUGUGCGACGCGCGCGUCGCUUGCGUCCUGGUGGCAGUGGUUCAAGUUGCUGUAUCGCCUGGCCUUUGUUGUUUACUUGCUGACGUGCAUGUGGCGGCUCUACUUUAAGCACUACCUCACGCUCGUCGCGAAUUUACGGCGCUACGGACUGUCCCUGGCGCCUACUGGGAGCACGUUGAUUAUCGUGCUCGGGGAUCCGACCAGUCUUAUCCUCGUGCACCCGCUUGUGAUUGCUGGCUUUAUCGUUGAUUUUUGGAUGAGCGCCGACUUUGUGGCCAGAGCAUACCUCCGCGUCGGGCAACUCGUGGCUCUCUUUCCGUUCUUUACUGCGUGUUUGUAUCUCUCACGGACACUUUGGUUUGCAUAUGGGUCCCUCACGCUAACGUCGUCGCUUCUCAAGCGCUGUCGAUUGGCCAAGUACUUUUAUGGCGUCGAUCCCACGUAUACGGCGAUCGGUGUGAUGCUCGCGGCCGGCCCGCUCACCAAUUUUCAAACGCGGCUGCCAGCACUGUGCGCUUUGUACAAUAUUCUGUUUGUUGCUCUUGUCCACCAAGAGGAUGCGAUCGACACGGGCCUCGCAGCGCUGCUGUACACGUCGCUCAUUGGCGUCUUGCCGCUGGGCUUUGGCUUCUGGCCGCGCAAGCGCCGCAUGCCUCUAAAUGCGGCGGGCGUCGGCCACAACGACGCCAAGUCGCGCUGGGCACUCUACUUUAGUCUCUGCUCACUGCGUACGUCGUCGAUGCAGCUCGAGGGCGGCAGCCUUUACACGCUCUUUGCGACCAACCCGGAGGCGAAAGCAACGCUGGGCGUUAGUCAGCGCGGCUCGGACUGCUACGUUCUCUUUGGUACUACGUCGGAUCAAGGCGCCAAACACGGCGUGCGCUUGAGCUUGCUCUCGCGCAUCGACGCUCGGCACGCAGCUCAGCUUUCGUCUCGCAAGGCGCUCGGCACGGCCGUCGGGCACUUGGAGAUCGAGUCCGACGUCACGGUGCUGACCCUUGGUGCGAACGGUUGUCAAUGGAUCCGUUGAGGGCGGCGAUGGAUCCGUUAAUCAGCGUCAAAUUGGCGAGAUGGCAAUAAAACUGGGAUUCCAAAAGCGUCGCC